AUGUCUUCUCGUUCAGUUACUCCUUUAAGUGAUGUUCCUUUGUCUCGUCGUGUUAUGAUUACUAAUUCUAGGGGCAAAAUUAUUUCUAUUGUCUCAGAGAACUUUCUUGGUGAUGGUACUUCUUCUCCUCCUUCUUCGGGUACUGAGUAUGUUCCUUCCUCUGAGUUUCCUGAAGAUGCUCAAUCUGAAGUUCCUUCUGAAGUUUCUACUAUAGAAGCUUCAUCAUUCUCUACUCAUAUUGCUCCUAGAGGUCGUAAAGAUAUUUUAUAUCCUUCAAGUUCAUCUCAUGUGAGGUGGAUAGAGUUCGCUUUUUUGUCUGGUUGCCUAUUCCUUCUCAUAAUGUCUUUUCUUCAAGACCUUUUCUUUGUCCCAGUUGUGUUGGUCGCUUUGCUGAAACUGAUCGACUCAGAGAAAUUAUUGAAAGUGGUUCUUCCGGUUCUCACUGUAGAAGAUGUCGGUUUGACAAUGAGACUUUUAAG